UUAAUGCAUUAGGUGAGUGUGUUUGUCAAGAACCGUUGGAAUGGGUAUCAGAUUCGUGUUAAUGGUGAACAAGCAAGGACAGACUCGUCUUGCACAGUAUUAUGAGUAUCUCACUCUGGAAGAAAGGCGAACCCUGGAAGGCGAAAUUGUUCGGAAAUGCCUCGCCCGUAGUGAUUACCAGUGUUCAUUUGUUGAGCAUCGCAACUAUAAAAUUGUGUAUAGACGCUAUGCAUCCUUGUUUUUCCUGGUUGGAGUCGAUAAUGACGAGAACGAGCUUGCAAUUUUGGAGUUUAUACAUCUUUUGGUCGAAACAAUGGAUCGACACUUUGGCAAUGUGUGUGAACUAGAUAUCAUGUUUCAUUUAGAGAAGGUUCAUUUUAUGUUGGAGGAAAUGGUCAUGAAUGGUUGCAUUGUGGAGACAAACAAAGCAAGUAUCCUGACUCCAAUUCAACUUGUGGAUAAAAAUUCAUAAGAGAAACAAAAGAAGCACUCCUGGUAAUUUUUAUAUUAAUAUUGGUUCUUUUGCAAUUAUUUUAAGCGUACAAUAAAGUGAAUUACAAUAGUUAAUCUCCAAAUUUCUUUAUCUAUAAAAACAACAAUUUUUUUUUCAUGUUAGUUUUCUCCCUCCUUGAUUGUAAUGAAUUGACUAUUGAUCAUGUUCUC